AUGGUGGGUGAGGGGGCGCAGCAUGCCUCGUUUCUCGUUUACCAUAAUUGCCUGCCUAUACCUGUGACUAUCUCCAUCGUUCAUGCAUGGUGCACGAGGGAGGAGAGAAGGGCACUGUGGAGUGGCUUGCUGCGGGACAAACCCUUGCAUGGGCCGUGGCUAGUUGGAGGGGACUUUAACGUUGUGGUUGAGACGGGGGAAAAGAAAGGAGGGUUGCCUUUCCCUUGCUCUCUGUCGCUUGACUUUUUGGACUUCAUGUCCUCCGCGGAGUUGUUUGAUGCUGGCUUCUCGGGCUCCUCGUUUACGUGGUGUAAUAAUCGCUUGGGUCGGGCAAGAAUUUGGAAACGGCUGGACUGGCUUUUACUUAAUGCCUCAUGUUAUGAUGUUGGUCUCGCAGUGUCGGUCUCCCAUCUAGCUAGGGACCCGUCAGAUCAUUCUCCCCUCUUGCUCUCUGUCAAGACACGGGAGGAGGGGAAGCCCCUCCCCUUUCGAUUUAUAAAUGCGUGGACCACCUAUGCUGGAUUUAGGGAUGUUGUUCAGUCCUCCUGGCAGCAAGGGUGUUCCGGCUCUCCCUUCCAAAUAGUUUGUUCUAAGUUGACCCGACUAAAAGCAGAUAUCAAAGGCUGGAAUAAACGAUGCUUCGGGAACAUUUUUGCCAAUUCAAGGCGGGCAGAGGAGGCCGUACUUGAAGCGGAGAAGCGGGUGGAAGAGGAGGGGUCUAGUGAUGCCCAGGAGUCAUUACAGCGUGCCAAUGUUGAGUGGCGGCGUUGUUUACUGGAUGAUCAAGGCUACUGGAUUGAUUCUGAGGAGGGAAUUGGUGCUGAGGCUGUUCGGUAUUUCUCAUCUCUCUUCUCGGCGGAGCCUACCUCUUCUUGGGAUUUAUCACCCAUUAUCCCCAGGCUAAUUCAGGAAUCCGACAAUGAGUUAUUGGAGAGGGUUCCUUCGAUGGAGGAGGUGCGUCGGGUGAUUUUUGCUAUGGAUGGGGAUAGUGCUGCGGGACCGGAUGGGUACACGGGUAAGUUUUUCACGUUCGCUUGGGACAUCAUUGCCCAGGACAUCUAUAAUGCUGUUGUUAGUUUCUUCUGUGGAGAGGAGGUGCCGCGGAGGGUCACAGCGACAUUUAUUCUGUUAAUUCCAAAGGUGCAGAACCCAGCUUCCUUUGCACAGUUUCGGCCUAUAAGCCUGUGCAACUUCCUCAACAAAGUGCUUUUCCGAAUUCUUGCAGAGAGGUUAGCUCCGCUGUUGCCCCGUAUUAUCUCUCUGAAUCAAAGUAGGUUUGUUCGCGGACGUCAAAUCUCUGAUAACUAUUUACUUACUCAGGAGGUGAUCUCGGGGAUUGGAAGGAAAAAUAGGGGGGGAAAUGUUGCACUGAAAUUGGACAUGACAAAGGCCUACGACAGGGUCUCAUGGGUCUUCCUGGUCAAUGUAUUACGUACAUUUGGGUUUGGCGAAAGGUGGAUUGAUAUGGUUUGGCGUCUGAUUUCCAAUCCAUGGUUCUCGGUUCUCCUUAAUGGGACGCCUCAUGGCUUUUUCCCUGCUUCGCGAGGGCUCCGGCAGGGGGACCCGCUCUCCCCUUCCUUGUUUAUUUUAGCAGCAGAGGUCCUAUCUCGUAUGUUAAACCAACUGUUGCAUCGCCCUGGGUUUUGCGGGUUCAAGGUUCCUAGAGCUUGUCCUUCUAUUACUCAUCUGGGCUUUGCGGAUGACAUCCUUAUCUUUUCUAGUGCGUCCACGUGUUCUUUGAAGAUGCUUAUGGAGACGUUGGCACGGUAUGAAGGGGUCUCAGGGCAGAGUAUAAAUUCCGCAAAGAGUGGCUUUAUGGUUCACGUGACGUUGCCUCGGGGCAAGAGAGCUCUAAUCCAGCGUAUUACGGGCUUCUCGCAAAAGGAGUUUCCAGUUCGCUACCUUGGUUGUCCGCUAUUUGUGGGAAGGCAGAAGAAGGAGUUCUUUCAGGACUUGAGCAAUGCGGUGUACUCUAAGAUUAGCUCUUGGAAGAAUCGACUGCUAUCUCCGGGAGGUAAGGUGGUUCUUAUCAAACAUGUGCUGUCCUCGAUCCCUCUUCAUUUAUUGGCCAUGGCUCACCCUCCGAAGUCGACGUUGGGCUCACUCGAGAGGCUCUUUGCUAACUUCCUUUGGAGAGCCGUUGAGGGUAUAGACAGACACCACUGGAUUCGCUGGAGGGACCUUUGCGCUGCUAAGGAGGAGGGUGGGGUGGGGUUCCGGUCCUUGUCCGAUGUGGCUAGGGCUUUCUCGGUGAAGUUGUGGUGGAGGUUUCGACAGCAGUCGUCCCUGUGGGCUAUCUUCAUGAUGGCGAAGUAUGUCACUCAUGCUCACCCAGGGAUGGUUGGUGGCUCAGUGGGGGCGUCAGUCACGUGGUGCAGGAUGCUCCAGGUGCGGGAAUUGGCUGAGCGGCACAUCACCUUUGUUAUUCGAUCGGGGAACUCUCAUUUCUGGUUUGAUAACUGGCUAGGUUCUGGGUCGCUGUCCUCGCGAUUGGGAAGUGUGUCGGAUCAUAGGAUAGCUGAUUUCUUGUUAGAUGGACGGUGGAACUACCAACUAUUGGCGGAAUGGAUGCCUGCUGAUAUAGUAGCUGAGAUCAUCCGAUUUACCCUUCCGCGGAUUGAGGAGGGGGAGGAGGACGUUAUGGUGUGGGCCCCCUCACAGUCUGGGGUUUUCACGGUGCGCACGGCUUUUGAGUUGGUGCGCUGUCAUGGGCCGCGUUCAUUUAUCUUUUCUCGGAAUAUUUGGAAGGCUAGGAACAAAGCGCGAUUCGAAGGGGUCGUUUACUCUCCGCAUGCUAUCCGGGGAUUUAUUUUUGACGAUAUACGGAAUCUCUUCUCUCUGAAGUAUCCAGGAUCCUCCUGGGCCCUUCCGACAUGGCAACUUUUCUACGAGUCCCUCGGCUCUCGUCGCGGUCACGUGUCUUUCAGAUUGGUUAAGUGGUUGAGGCCGGCAAUGGGAGAGCUGAAACUCAACACAGAUGGUUGCUCCAGGGGAAAUCCGGGCCGGGCAGGAGGUGGUGGUGUCUUACGUGAUGGUGAAGGUAAGUUCUUGUUCGCUUUUUCCACUUUUACUGGGAGCUGUUCCAGCAUCCAGGCUGAGGCAAGGGCUCUUCUCUUUGGGGUUCAAUUGUGCAUUGCCCGUGGCCAUGUGAGAGUGCACAUGGAGGUUGACUCUCUGGUUCUCGCUCAUAUCGUUCAGCGGGUAGCCCGGUGCCCAUGGAGUAUUGAUAUGGAGGUCCGGUCCCUCCUGCAGCUGCUGCCCCAUGUCGUUAGUAUUACUCACUAUUUCCGAGAGGCUAAUCAAGUGGCUGAUAUUUUAUCUAAUGUUGGCUGUGAUGACGGCUAUGACAGAACCUAUUACCAUCUUUCGGAGCUCCCUUCUCAUGCUCGAGGAGCAUUUAGGUUAGACAGGCUUGGCCUUCCUUCCCUUCGUAAAUGCUAG